UAGAAUAGGUCCUCAGCACACCUUGCUUGUCGUAAGAGGCGACUAAAUGGGGCGGUCCUUCGGAUGAGAACGCAAAAACCGAGGCCCCGUGUCACUGCAGGUGUGGCACGAUAAAGAUCCCUCCAUGCUCAAAGGCCAUAAGCGUUGAGCAUAGGCCUAAAUUUUGCAGCCCUUCACCUGCAAUGGUGACUUUUCCAUAUGAUUGAAAAAAUUCUCGAGUGGGACGUUAAAUAAUAUACAAUCAAUCAAUCAUAUUGCAUAUAAUGGUCUACUAAAAUUCAUUACAACCCAACCAGUGAAAAAUCAGCAUACCAUUUACAAAGCAUAGAUUUAGUAUACAUAUUCUUUGAUCAUUUUCUUAAAUUGUAAGGUAGUGCUUUUUUUGCAUAAAGUAAUUUUGGCAACUAAUAAUCGUUUAAGGGAUUGAAGCUGCGAUAGUCGUAGUAUAUUAAUUCUCAUUUAUUCGAGGAUAUCCAAAACGAACGUUUAAUCACUAUGUUUACGAUUUUGGAAGUGAAAACUAUGUAUAGCUAAUAGCUAUAAUAACAUUAGAAUACUGGUAUCAAUUCAAUACACGGCGUUUUUGGAAAAUAACUUUACUACCUAGAAAUGCGGGUUUUUUUUCUCACAAAUACAGGGAACCACCCUAAACAAAGAAAGUAUCCUCCAUUACAAAUGUCAGGUUGCAGUUAGUAUGACGAAAUUCAUUACCAGGAAAUUCAAAUACGCCAUGAAAUAAAAGCCACUUCAAUGAACUAUGUUUGCCAGUAUUUAAAAAUAUUGACAUCAUUUUCAUCUACCACUCGGGUGAUAAACCAUUGAAUGUUUCGCAUUAAUAAUCUAUUUUUAUCAAUGCUAUCGAUGGAGAAGACCUCGUUUGUGUACCGUGUAUUGUUACUGAUCGUCUUCAUUGUUUGUCUGGCGCUUCCUGCUCAAACACAGAAGAAUGUAAGUUGUUUCUCGUUUAUUCACACCGAUACCAAUAGUCCCAUGAAGUUAGAGGAUACUUGUUUUGAAAUCAGCGACAACAGAGUAAACACUAUGUAUACAGGUAUAUUUCUAAACGUGAUAAAGUCUUCAUGCAAAUAUUACGAUAUGCAAUUAGAAGAUGUCAAAAAGUAUAUUGUUGAGGAGUCCCACCAGCGGCCAUUGUGUAGAAUAAGGAUGACGAUGUCUAUCGAUACAACACAGUGCACAGAAACCAUUGCAAUAAUACAGCAUUUCUGUAAACAACCAAAAUCAAUUUUUUUUCAAGAUUGUUUUCCUGUCAACUGCCCAAGUACCAAUAAGAAGAAAAUAAAUGAGACUGAAGCGAUCAGUGUGUCCGGAUUUCCCAAACCAAAGAUGGGCAAUAUUGGACAAGGUGUUUACGAAAUUCCUACAUCUCACUGCAACAUGAAACAAUGUAAACUAGACAACUGCUCUACCAAAGAAAUGAAGAAAAGGAUUCCAAAAAAUGGAAUAAAUAACGCAGAACCAUCAAGACAAAAACAGUGUACAUUCCUCGCCAUUGGAAGUGCGGGUGGCGGAUUGCUGGUUGGAAUUUUAUCGACAUCCUUUGUAUGCCUUCUUGUCAACAAAUGUAGACGAAAUUACAGAAAUGUGGGCGAUGUAUCCUUUUCCACUCAAAAUGUUUUCCUAUUAACUGAGACGGAACGGAAAUCAUCGAUUCACUCUAAAGAGGGAGAGCCUGUAUAUCACGACAUCUCCCACAUCCCGGGUCACUCAAAAGCUAAAGCUAUUGUACAUAGCGUCAGCAAUGCAUUUUCCGACGAUCAACCCGAGCAGCGUUAUAGUGAAAGUCCAAAAAGUAGUUCAAGUGUGCAUGAGAACGGAAGUAUAUCAUCACAACUAUCACCAAAGAAUGCGGAAAGGGGAUCUAAAGAAUCAGUGAAUGGUGAGAAAGCUCAGGUUUAUCACACCUUGAACAGGGAUUAUAAGGACAAUUCUAGGAAUCUGGACGUUUUCAGUUGUGUAAUGACAGUUGAGAAAGAUCCCGAAAGCUACAAGAAGUCAGAAACAGUUCUGGAUACUAAGAGUAAACACUAUUCAACAUACGAGAGUCCUGUCCAACUGAGUCAUCUCAAAAGAAUUCAAACUGACCAAGCUGAAUCAAUUGAUUUCUUUGAUGAUAGAGUGGAAAUAUUGCAGGAAGUAAAAAUCACUUUAGAAGAUUCACCCCAGGUGUACCACACUCUUCAGAAAGAGGAGGAGGAUUAUGAUGCCGAAAAAAUGGCCGCUUGCACAGACAGCGAUCAGGACAUUCAUGAUCAGUCAGUAGACUCGAAUAGUGAUGAUUCUCAAAAGGAAUAUUAUGUCAUUUCAACAACGUCUGUUACGAAACAAACAAAUCCUCUCAUAGAUUCAUAAUGUCCAUUUGGGAUAACGAGAAUUCAUCAAUUCAUUUCAUUCGCUCAAACCACAAUAAAAGUGGUACACAAAGUACAGAAUCUGUAUGUAUUAAUACAAAGAACAUCAUAGGAAUGUAUAUGAAUAUGCAAAUAAACAAUAUUGUAUAGUGAAAUAUAUUAAAAACCUAUGUAGAAAAAUCUUCUUUUUAAGCGCUAAGCGUAGCUUAAGCGCUUAUUGCCGCCAGUUGGAUUUUGCUUUCGUCAUCAUGUUUCCGGUUUAUCGCCACCUAUAGGCGAAUUCAUGCAUCGCUGUAGUCAAGUCGUGUUUAAAGUAGUCGUAAUUUUGCAACCGAUCAAGCACAGGGAUAACAUUCAUAUCUGCAGUUGCAUUUUUUCCCCCGGAAAUACAGUUCGUUGAACAGUGAAUAAAAUAUGUAUAAAAAGGGUGACAUUUUUGUCCUCAUUCUUGGGGAAAGUGAGACACAGAUGCAGGUCAUUCUUCAGUUAAAAUUCCCAUUUGAAUCUGCGUCUGUAAUAAUUAAAGUGAUUCAAAAUCUAAAAUUGAAUAAGAAUAUGUAUAUGAAACCGUUUUAGCUAGGGUGCCUUUGCAUUGUUACCUUCGCAUGGCCCUUAGAGGCCAGGAAAAUCAAUUUGCAUGGUGCAAUCUAUAAUUAGAAGCCACGUCAUUAAGCUAUACACGAAUCAGGAGGUUUUUCCACUUGUGUUUUGGCUGCUGUUCCGACUCAGUAAAAUUUUUGUCCGACGCAGCAAACAUUUGUGCAACACAGUAAAACAUUAACUGAUCCGCGUCCAUUGUGAACGAGAAAGAAUUUGUGCACGAUUAUGCUUUGACAGCGAAGGACAGAGAUCGGUGUCUCAGAAGGGUGAUAUUGCGUAACUGCUUACACCUUCCCCGAUCAUAUAUGUAAGUCGGUCAUGCAGAAAUUUAGAGGAUGCAACGGUGUAACUUAAGCUUACUUUAUUAUUUCUAAACGACCAAGAUAUUCUUCAGAAUCAUCGUCAACACAAUCAAAUUUGAUUUCGUGAUUUAGUUUCAAAAAUGAGACUAAAAAUAAUAGUCUUGGGGCAAGGAAAACAUAAAAGGUACAACAUUAUAUUAUAUUAUGGAAGACAAUACCCCGGUUUCAAGUAUUCAAAACACCGCGUGGAAUUUUACGAGGGCUGUAUACUGAAAUACAUAUGUUUAGAACAAGUGUUAGAUAAACAUUGGUAUUGUGUCAAGCAUGAAUGUGAAAUGGUUUGCUGUCCACAGCGUGUUUUCAAUUUCUUUGUACUUUAAACAAACAAUUGACAAUGACAUGCAUAUGCUACAUGUAUUUCCGAACGUACAAAUGAUGAAGGGGAGGGGCAUGGAUGUACUGUCGUUGUUCCCUGUCCCCACAUUUUGUUUUCGCUGAACGAUCUUUUCAUAUAAAAUAGAUGCAUUUAGUUUUUUGGUGAAAUGCCUCUUCAUUAUUUCUAACAGCGGUUUGAACAUAACCGUUUGAAAAUUACUUUUGUAACUUUUCAGUGCCUAGUUUGGGAUUCUCAUUUAUCUACAUUUACAUGUUGUAAAUUUUGCAUAUUUAUUGCGAGUCACUUCUGUUACGUUUUUUUGUUGUUUUUUUCAUAUUAGAACUCCUACACAAGCUUCGAAUCUUAUGGUUUUUUGCUAAGGUUAUUAGCAUUUUCAUAUAAAGAACUGUUUUAUAAAAUUAAAACAAUAGCAAUGUGUAUUACAUGUAUGUCUCAUUCAGACAAACGGAUGAGUCUCCUUUGCAAUAUGAAUAUUAGCUUAUAUGAAUAUUAGCUUUUACACAAGAAGUGUAAUACACACAAGUUGAGGAGUACAGCGUCUAAUGUACCUGUGUACAAACUCUUGGUUUUUUUGGUUGUUUUUUUUUUUUAGAUUUACGUAUAACAAACAAUCACUACAAUUGCUAAAUGUAAAUCAAUGCUUAUAUGUUAGUCUAAUUCAUCAUCAUAUUUGAAUUAGUAUAUCCUCUUGCACUAACUUUCAUGUUAAAAAUGAGCUAUCUCCACUCUUGUUGAUGACGCUGUAUUCAGUUUCAAAGUAAUAUUGCACAUGUAUGAUGAAUAUCUUUUCUAAAUAACUUACUAAAUUUUGUUUUCAGUUAUACAUGUAUUUAUCUGACUUAUUUGGAUUCAGAUUCUCUCCAACCUGAUUUUGAAUUGAAAAUAACUUCAUUAUUGAUUACAAAAAAUAAUUCCACUUUCAUGGUUUGAUUGCUAUUUACAGAUAAUUAUGCACUGGAUUCUGUAGUACAAGUCAUCCAGAUGCAUGUUUAUGUGUGUAUUUAAAUGAUUUCUGGUAAGGUAAUGAAAUGGAUGUAAAGCGUUUCAUAAUCCUGCAUUAUUGGUGUGUUUUGACAUGUGGCAUUUGUUAGUGUAUGUGGUUAUGUGAAAUUUUCUUUUUUGUCCAGUUUGUUUGUUCCUUUCUAUUAUAAGUGACUUACAUAUAUGUAUCAAACUAUUGAUUUGUUUCAUUUCAGUUAUAUUCUAAAAAUAUUUCAUACACUAUUUAACUGGAACACAACAGUAAGUUAGUUGCGUAAUAACAAUUGAACACUUUAUACCGAAAACUACCAUUACAAUUGUUUUCACAUUUACUACCAAAAAUGUUCUUCUCUAUAACAUCACAUCUGUAAGAGAAAAAGAUACAUAGUCAUGCAGAGCAUUUAAUGAUCUAGGGACCGGCGCAGAGCGGAUCAGAAACCCUUGCCUUGGGAAGAUGGGUGGGAGCUAAACAGGGUAUAAAGUGUUCAUUUGUCAAAUAUUUGAAUAACAUAGCCUUAAAUACUAUUGAUUGAUUGUAUCUUGUUUAACGUUCUUCUCAAUAAUUUUUAAUUCAUAUGGAGACGUCACCAAGACUGGUGAAGGGUUUCAAAUUUAGGCCUAUGCUCGGCGCUUACGGCCAUUGAGCAGUGAGGGUUCUUUAGCGCACCACACCUACUGUGACACGGGACAUCCGUUUUAAAGGCCAUCUCCGAGGACCCGUGACAUUCACACCUGAUGGCGUGAGUUUGGUGAUGGAACUGUCACUACCUGUUUAACGAACUAAGUCUGUCGCGGCCGGGAUUCGAACCCCGACCGCCCGCAUACAGAGCGAACACUUUACCUCUGGACCACCGCCGCGGUGGUAAUGCUAUUGAUAUUAAAUUCUGAUUAGAGAUAUUUAAUAAGAACAGGUAUCCUUUACCAAAAUUGUAAAUUUCAUGAUCCAAGGACAGGGUUUUAGUUUAGUGUGGGAUCAGAAUUAUUAUAGUGACCAUUCUUUUAACAACAUCAUAUAAAAUUUAUAUUUCAACGUGUUGAAAAGUUUCAGGACAUUGCUUCCAAUCCAUAUUUGUUAUUUUCUUACAGAAAAUGUACUACUUAGUUAUGAGAAACUAAAGAAUAAUGCAUAAACCUUUUUUUAAUGUUGUUCCUGCUCAUUAACAUUACAUACAGAACUCAUGAAGUCAGCUUAGCGCUUUUCAGUACUUUUUUUAUUGUGCGUAUUAAAAGAACAGACGAAUUCAUAUACAUAUAUAUCUUUGAAAUAAACAUAUAUACCCAGGUUUUAUAAUGUUUAUAUCGCAUUUUUUUCCACCAUGGAAAGUAAAAACCUAUAGAUUUGUUUUGGUGUUAAGUUUCAUUUAGAUAGCAAAUGUACAUGUAUAUAGCAUACUUCCAUAUACUAAUGUAAAUUGUAUCUGUAUAAUAGUGUUGUCUGUAUAUAUGUUUUCAGGAACACAUUGUGGACUAGUUCUUGAACUAAUUGAGCUAUCCUGUAUAAAUAAAGGCAUUACCAAGGU